AUGGGAUCUCUCUAUGAAUUGAUCAGCAACGCGAUCGAGAAAAGUUUCGUUGUUCCUUCUAGUCCUCAAUCGAAUCUCGAUGAGUCGUAUGCAGUACGACUGAUAUCGCAUCCAUCGCUGAACCAAGUUCCCGGAGUCUGGGACAUUGUUCUCUUCGUGACUCGUGAGAUUGAGCGUCAACUGGGCUCCGACUAUGGGGUUAAGUGGGGGUCGUUUAUUUGCGCUACGGUUGGGCCCGCUCUCAUUCUAUUUAGCUCGUUACUGACUUUGGUGACCCAUCUGGAGCUGUCAAACUCGAGCAAAACCAUCAAAGACGCUGCAAAAACCUCGUCCGUGGUUGAGUUCUCCGCAGUCUCGUGA